AUGCCUUUCAACAACUCCUCCACCUCGAGCUCUGGCUCCAACUCGGCUUCCAGCGGCAGCGGCUCUGCGUAUCAGAUCAUGUCAAGUGGCACCAACGACCAGGGCAACCACUACUGCUCGCGCGACUACGGAUCCAGUGCUGCCAAUGGCAACUCCUACCACUACUCCAACACCGAUGGCUCGUACUAUUAUAGCAAUCCCAAUGGCUCGACCUACUACAACUCGGGC